AUGCUGACACUACUGGCUUACACCGUGCUAUUCGCCCUCGAGGCUUGUGCAUUCCGGGGGCCACCGUAUGCUCAUUUUGCUUCAAAAGCGCGGGUCAAUGAAUCUUCACGUACAGUAGACUUGGGCUAUGGACGAUACCAGGGCUGGUACAAUGAAUCUGCCGGUCUGAACAUCUUUCAAGGUAUACGGUUUGCGCAGAGCACUGCGGGAAACCUUAGAUGGCAAACUCCUCGCGCACCUGACAAGGAGCAAGAUUCGCUUAUACAAGCCGAUACCUGGCCAGCGCAGUGUCCGCAGAGCCCUGGUGCCUCGAGCGAAUACACCCCUGCGGAUAAUUCACAAAGCAGCGAGGAUUGCCUCUUCUUGAAUGUUUUCGCACCGGCUGCUGCCGACACGAAACCGAUCUUGCCCGUUCUUGUCUACAUUCAUGGCGGUGCUUACGCGCAGGGAAGCGGAAGACUCGAUCUGACGCCCCUGAUAACAAACAACAAUAACAGCUUUCUCGGUGUCAACAUCCAGUAUCGGCUUGGGGCAUUUGGCUUUCUAUCCUCGGACGAAGUUUAUAGAAAGGGCGUGGCCAACGCCGGCCUGUUGGACCAACAACUGGCUCUUCAUUGGGUGCAGCAAUAUAUUCACCUCUUUGGAGGGGAUAAAACGAGGGUCACGAUUCUAGGUGAAAGCGCUGGGGGAGGAAGCGUCAUGCUGCACGAUCUUGCAUACGGUGGCACAUUGGGCACGUCCUUGUUCAGGAACUCGGUCUCCGGGAGCCCUUUUCUCCCUUUUCAAUAUGGCUAUAAGGACUGGCAGCCGUCUCAAGCAUAUUAUGCAUUCGCUACUGCCGCAGGUUGCGAUACCAAGAAUGCAUAUCUCCGCAACGGGUCCAAGGCCAUAUUCGACUGCCUCGUCGAAGCAGAUUCAGCGACACUCAUGAACGCAAGUGCGGACGUAUCGCAGAGCGGAAGUCUUUCGACAUGGGCCUUCCUGCCCGUAACGGAUGGCAAGAUAAUCCAGGAUGUCCCCAGCAAACAACUUGCGCAUGGCAACGUCAACGGCCUGAAUAUGUUGACUGGGCAUAAUGCACUCGAAGCCGCACAAUUCGUUCUACGGAAUAUCACCACCAUUGGUGAAAUGGUAGAAUACUUGCGGGUCACGUUUCCGAUGCUCUCCAACAACGAUAUCGCCAAGAUUCUUCUCUACUACCCGACGAACAACGAAACCGUCAACCAAGCUGACCCAAAAUGGGCUACCACGGGAGACUCUGCCCCUACAAACCUCAACCAGAGCACGGCUGCGACUGGCCAGAUGCAGCGUGCUAUCGCUAUCUAUGGCGAAACUACAUUCAUCUGUCCCUCUUACUGGUUGGCCGAGGCCUAUAGCGACAACAUGAAUGGUGGGAAGAGCUGGAAGUACCAAUUCUCUAUCCCCAACGCGUAUCAUGGGGCAGACGGCGCCGGUUUCACUAGCUGGCCGUAUUCUGGAGAUUACUACAGCCCUGAUUACGUUCUUGCUUUCAUGCAUAUGCUGGGAAACUUCAUCGUCCAUGACAACCCGUCCAUCUCCAACGCCCUUGCAAAUGGCCUGUCCACGGGGAAUACGAGCUUCAACCCUGUCAGCGAGUGGCCGACCUACAGCAUCUACGACCCUUACCUCAUAGACUUCAACGCCACUUGUCCAUCAAUAAAGGUCAUAAACGGCUUACCAUAUUGCACUGGACCGGGACAGGUGAACAAAUUUAGACUGGCGAAUGCUUACACGUGGGAGGGGGGGCGAGGAUUCCGAUGUGACUUGUGGAAGUCUCUAGGAGAGCUGGUGCCGGAGUGA